AUGUCGUCAAACGAGUCGCCAGCAGCAGCUCUGGAGCCCGCUCACACCUUUGCGCCAAACCAAGGAUACGAAUAUGUCAACAACGACCAAGAACAAUCUGGUGGCGUCUUGCUAGACGAAGGAAACAACCAUGAUGAAGAGGACGACUACUACGACGACUUGUUCGAGGAUAGCGCCGAUGAGGUCAACGACUCGGAAAUCACCUCGUCCAAUCCUGCCGACUUUACCAAAUCAUACAACCGCCAACGACAAUUAAACGACAACCAAGUCCCUUCAUCUCAAAAACCAAAGACCAACCCCGCUGGCCACAAACCCACUGCAAACACUCGCUCUAGCGUCGACGAUCAAGUUCAGAGUUUGGCUCAGCAUGCGUCCAAGCUACGUCUCAACAACCUCGACGGUGGCGGCAAGCAAGAAAGAGGAGGCGGCGGCAAGGACAAGAGCGAUCGCGCCACCAGUGAACAAGUCCUGGAUCCCAGAACUCGCAUGAUUCUCUUGCAACUGCUGAACAAGAACGUCGUUUCCGAGAUCAACGGUGUUCUUUCCACCGGCAAGGAAGCCAACGUCUACCACGCUGCAACCGUCCCCGAGUCCCACGACGACUCCGAGGGCCCUGCUGCUCCCCUCCACAGAGCCAUCAAGGUCUACAAGACGAGUAUUCUGGUUUUCAAGGACCGCGACAAGUAUGUCACCGGUGACUUCAGAUUCCGCGGUGGUUACAACAAGAGCGACAACCGCGCCAUGGUCAAGGUCUGGGCAGAGAAGGAAUUCAGAAACUUGCGUAUCUUGCACGCCGCUGGCAUUCCCUGUCCCGACCCUCUCUAUCUUCGCCAACACGUCAUGGUCAUGAGUUUCUUGGGCAACAAGAAGGGGUGGCCUGCUCCUCGCCUGAGAGACGUCGAUUUCCAACUCCCCACCGAAGAGGAAAAUGCUGCAAAGUGGAGAGAAAUGUACAUCCAAUUGCUCGGCUACAUGCGCAUCAUGUACCAGACCUGUCGCCUCGUCCACGGCGAUUUGAGCGAAUACAACCUCAUGUACCACCAAAACCGCAUCUUCGUCAUCGACGUCAGUCAGUCCGUCGAGCACGACCACCCACGCUCCCUCGAAUUCUUGCGUAUGGACAUCAAAAACAUUUCCGAUUUCUUCGCUCGCAAGGGCAUUGAUUGUUUGCCUGAGCGUGCCAUCUUUGGCUUCAUCACUUCCGAACAAGGAGGCGUCGAAACUUCUCAAAUGGAAAACCUGAUUCAAAAAAUGUACGAGACUAGAGAACAACAGGGAAACCAAGAUGAUGAGGAAGUCGACAACCAAGUCUUCAGACAACAAUACAUCCCCCAGACCCUCGAGCAAGUCUAUGAUGUCGAGCGUGAUGCCGCACGAGUACAAAAGGGCGAAGGCGACGAUCUAGUCUACAAAGCCCUUCUCGCAAACAAAACCGCCAACACCAAUGACGACGAGGCUGAGGACGGCAGUGAAGCCUCAGGAUCAGAAAGCGACGAGUAUGACUCAGAAGAUCCCGAUAGGCCGCGUAGAAAGCGCAAUGAGGGCGAGAGGCCUCGUGGCAAGCGCUUCGAAGACAAGGAUACUAAAAAGGAACAUAAAAAGGCAGUCAAGGAGGAGAAGCGCGAGAAGAGAAAGGACAAGAUGCCCAAGCAUCUUAAGAAGAAGCUCAUCAGCGGUUCUUCUCGCGGCAAGCACUAG